AUGAAAUAAUACCACAAACAAAGGGUUUACAUUAUUAAAAUUUCUAGGGAUAUCCAAUUGAUGAGCCUGUUUUAUAAGCAGUAAUGAGUGUCGCUUAAAUACAAAACCUCUAUCCAAAAAUGGCUGAUUUCAAUAAAGCAAUAAAUCUCAAUACAAUUUCAAAAAAAGCAAUAUUUUUGAUAUUGAGAAGUGCAAGUUUAGAUAAUAUUCAUAAAGGAAUGAAGUAUGGGGUAUGGACUAGGUAAGAUAUUUAAGUAAAUCUAAUAGUACUCCAAAAUCAAAUGCUAGGAUUGAUGAAUUAUUUAAAGAGUCAGAAGAAGUUUAUUUAAUAUAUUCAGUAGUCGGCACAAAAGCCUUUUAAGCAUGUGCAAAAUUGCUUGGUCCUUUUGAUCCAACAGCUACAUUUCUUUAUUGGGAUGAACCUUUGAAAUGGUUUGGCUCAUUUUAAAUUAAAUGCGUAUUUCUAAUAUCUUAAUUAAGUUAUUCUUAAACGAAUUGAAAUAGAAAACACUUGAUGAAAAAUAACCAGCUCAUCUGGGUUCAAUAGUUUUAACUGAAUAAACUGAUUGUACUGAAAUUACAUUUGGGUUUGGAAUGUUUGUACUUUAAUGUUUUAAAGACUUGUAAGAAGAUGAAACAGGUGUUAAUGUUUUACUCUAAUAAUUUUAAAAUAUGGAUAGAAGAGAAGUAUCAUUUAUUAAAUAAAGAAGGAUUAAAUCAAAUAAUAAAGAGAUCUUGAUCAAAAUUUCUUAACUCAAUAAUCUCAUGAGCAAUAAUUAUUUGAAAAGUCUCCUUAUGAAUACAAAAACUAUCACAAAAGAUAAAAUUAGUAGAGAUGGUAAACUAAAUAGGCUGACCAAAUGAUGUACAUGCGAGGUAUUUUAUUAAAUAAAUUUCUCUUAGCCUAUUAUUCUGCUAAUUAAUAAUAUGCAGGUUAACAAUAUCAAGGUUAAAAUUAAUAAAUGUAUAAUUAAUAUAGGUAUUUUAUUUUUCAUAUUCAAGAAAUGAUAAUAAAUAAUAGUACAAUAAUUAUGAUUAUUAAUACUAUUAUCCAUAAUAAUAACCAUACUAACAAAAUAAUAACUAAUUCAAAUAUGGAUAUGAUUAAUAAUAAUAUAAUUAAAAUCCUCAUCAUUAAAGAUAACCAUAGAAAUAUUAAAAGAAAUAUUAUAAUAAUUAUAACAAUUAGUAAUAAAAUGAUUUCUAGUAAAAUAAUAAUUAACAAAAUAAUUAUCAAUAAAAUAAUUAUCAAUAAAAUAAUAAUUUUUCUGUCAACAAACAAAAAUAUUAAAAACAUAAUGAUGAAUAGUCUGUAAAUAACUAAGACAAAUAGUUUUGA